CUAGACUGAAUUCCCCUCAUUGAUCCACUUGGCUCGAUCCCUUUUCAGCCCAUCCUUCAUUCCUCGCCGUUCAGACGCUCUGGAAUAUCACCCGCCGCGCAUCGGCCUUGGGACCUGGCACCUACUCCAGAUCAUACAUGUUCUAUAAAAACACGAGACCCAAUUGAUAACUAAAUCUACGAUUCAUCCACUCGAUGAAUCCGCAAGCGGGACCACAAACCCAUGAGAUCCUCCCCAAUGUCGAAUCUCUGCUCGUCGAGCUCAAGCUUUCUGAGAUCCUCCAAUCGUGUCCCCGGUUCUCCUUUUACCAGGAGCUUAUCAACCUAAAGCACUUGGAACAGUCCUACAAAACCCCCAAUGCCCCACCCCAGGCGCAGCCGAAGUACGAUCUCUUCCAGAUCAUCAACACGGUGGAAGACAUUAUCCACUAUUUGGAUGAGGUGCGCGAUAUCUGUCUUGAGACCGUGGAGUACUGCAAGGCCGCAGGACUAGCAGAGAACACGCGGUACCUCAACUGGUUGUACGACGGAAAAGACGAGGUGGCCGAGGUGUUGCGGAAUAUCGAGUCCGUAGACCAGAUUGUGAGCCAGUUGCUAGUCUUACUUGAGUUGCGAGUCAACAACCAAGCAUCUGUCGAAUCCACGGAAGAAACCAUUCCCGAAACAUUCUACAACGAAAUCCUCGACCAGUUUGAGCUCAUCAGCGAGGUCUCGUUGGAUAUACGAAACCAUUUGUUUUUCAACUUCAAGAAGGACUUGCCUGUAGCGGUGGCCUUCCAUGACAUCUACUACGCGGGGCUCGAUUCAUUGAACAGCGAAAUCCAAGAGUGCUUCAAGUUGUACUUCCGGGUUCACGAAUCGCGCUUCAAUGACCGGUUGCAGUUCCCAGACUUGGCCACUGUGGUGCUGAAGCUUCAGCUAGCGAUAACAGACAAAGCCCAUACCGAAUCAGACGCAAAACUCGCCUCCAAAAUCAAGCUACCAACCUUCAGUGCAGCUGAAGAGGCAACUUACCAGGAGUACCUUGCCCUUCCAGAGCGAAUCGUCCCCUUAAACGCCGCGGUACACGUCUUGCCGCAGAAAAUUGAGGAAUUUGCGGAUAUCAGUAAGCCCCACUACCUCGACCUGUUGAACGCCAUUAAUCACAAAUUGGCGAAGUUUCUCGAUAACUGGAACUUGUUGAACAGUGACCUACGCAUGUUGGAAAUGACCACAAUCAAUGAACGCUGGCUAGAGCUAUACCGGUACAUGAUGCGGGAGUUGGACCGCGAAGCGGGCCAGGUGACGAUAAACAACCAGACUUUGGCUCUGACCGGUGGUGUGUCCCGUGACGUGCUUUGUGAGAUGCAGCAGAAGGUGGAAAUCACCCAACAGGCCUUCACGGUGUUUGGGGAGAUAAUCGCCGCUGUAGACGACCCAACCAUCCAGAAAAUGGUUCACUCCUUACAGAAGGAAUACCACACUCUCUUGCCGUCUUGGAACUGUGCCGUCCGCGAAUUUGCGGAGCUAGUGAAUGCCCAGCCAGCAGAUGAGAGCCCUGAAGCCAGUCGCAAACAUAGCAAUACAAAUGCGGCAGGGUUGCGCAUGUUCCGUGUGGGCUCCAAGAAUGCUGAAUCCCCUAUGCUUCCAAACGGCGAAUUCUCGCCUGAUAUGCGGAGUGUUUCUGACCCGGGUACAUUCCAGUCUUUCGAUAUGGCCUGCCGUGUUGGCCAAACAGAAGGGGAGGCGUCACCGACUCAGAUCAAUAUCAAGAACAAGAACAGACGCAGUUGGAUGAUGAUCCAGCCUGUGCUCAUCGAAGACUCGUCUCCGAAAACAAUGUCCAAGUUUUUCCCUGAGCAGAGCGUGCUCACCCCUACCGAAGCUAGGGACUCCAAGGCAUCGCCUAUAUGGGUAAACUUCUCGUCCGAAAACAUCCACGGCCAAGGGGGACUGAACAUUACCUCGCCGAUAGAGAUGGAUAAUAGCAUGUCUAAUAGCAUGUCUAAUAGCAGAUCUAAUAGUGUGGUCAAGUACGGAAGAAGCUCAAAUUCCCAAGACGGCUCAUUCAACGAUGACGAGACAGACACCUCAAUCGAGGUAUUGGCCCAAAAAUUGUCCAAGAUUCGGAUAUCACCCAACGGUUUGUUCUUUCGUGACAAUGCGCAACGCGCCCCGGCGCUUAACCCGAUCUCCGAAGGCUUGUUUCCGCCCUUCAUGGCCAGUGCCGGCACCUACCACCCAGUCCAGCCGCUGACAAUACUGCUGCCAUCUCUACAACCAUUACAGUCAUCCUCCGGCAGCCUAAACCAGCGGAGAUCGCUUGUCAGAGCAUCACCGAAUAACCGGAUCAGUCGUAUUCCGAGAUUAUCGUCGAUGAUACACCAACCGAGCUUGGUUGCUCAAUCUCCUCCCUUGUCAGCAACUUCCUCCGAUGAGUACGAUUUUGCCUUCUCCAACAGGGUGCGCGAUGACGGGAACCACAACCAUUUGCGACGCCAGAGAUCCUCGGUAGGCCCACAAACAGGAAGUAAGCUUCCCCAAAGGCCCCGCUCUGCCCUUAGUUUUAUUCCGGUUCCUAUAGCUUCUGCAGUCAAACUGAGCAGCGGUAAAACACUUAGUCCUCCACUCCCCCCAGCUGACUAUUCGUUCAAACAGGUCUCUAGACCUUCUUCCGCAGAAGCUCCAAAUGGGGCCACUACAGCAAGACAAGUGUUUUUAUAUGGUGGUUUGCCGAGACCGCCUUCUUCCCGCGUCUCUGUCUCUUUGAACCUGCGAAAUGAAAAUGAAACACCAUAUGGCCGCGUCAAGCCGCUGGCCAUGUAUAGGUAAAGAAGCGUGUGGUGUGCGCCGGAUGGAUACUAAUUAUAGAACGUCUACUAAAGACAGGAAGGUGUUCCGAGAGGGAUAGUAUUUGUGCAACUCGUAUGAAUAAAAGUUGCCCAGACCUGAGAAGCGCUAUUUUUGGCCGUGGAAGUGUAGAAACUUGAGCAAACUAGGG